AUGGCAGCUCCAGCAAUCAGCGUGCUUAUCACAGGAGCCAACAGAGGCCUGGGCCUGGAAAUGGUUAAGCAAAUGGUGGAGGCCUCCCGUCCAGUGAGGAAGCUGUUCGCCUGCUGCAGGGACCCAGAUGGACCCAGGGCGGAGGCCUUGCAAACACUGGCAAAGAAGCAUCCUGAUGUCAUCUCUGUCGUCCGUCUGGACGCCACUGACCUUUGUAGCAUAAAACAGUGUGCUCAGCAGGUGGGCUCUGUGGUUGGGACAGGGGGUCUCAACCUGCUGAUUAACAACGCAGGCAUGCAGGCUAAAGGCAAUUUGCUGGAAACCAGCUCUGAAGAGAUGCAGAACACCUUCAACACCAAUGUCCUGGGCCCGAUGAACAUCAUCAAAGAGUUCCUGCCUCACCUCCGUGCAGCAGCGAAGGCCAGCAGGAUGCCGGGGAUGUCCAGCAGCAAAGCAACCGUCGUCAGCAUCUCCUCGCUUCUGGGUUCAAUGGAAGCUGUUGAACAGACAUAUGUCUUCUUCUCUGCCGUCUCCUACCGCAUCAGCAAAGCAGGUUUGAACAUGCUGAGUCUGUGUGCUGCAGAGGAGUUAAAGAAGGAGGAGAUCUUGUUUUCUCUGCUUCACCCUGGUUGGGUGCGCACCGACAUGGGUGGAGAGGAAGGGGAGAUUGAGGCUCCGGAGAGUGUGGAGGGGAUGCUCAAGGUGAUCGCCUCCCUGACUGAGAAGCAGAACGGAGCCUUCCUGGAUUAUAAGGGCCAGUCCGUCCCCUGGUAGCUUUAAACAACCAAUCACUAAAUCACUAAAUGAACCCCAAGUGAAAUAAAGCAAUACUUGAGCUCAUUACUUUGACUUUAUCGUGCUCUUUUUACACAAACAUGCACUUAA